AUGGCUCCGCUGAAUAGAGCCGCCGGGUCUGCCGGUCCAGUUUCUGGCUUCACGUCAUUGAAUCAGAACCAACGGCAACCAAACAGCACCGAAGUUAUCGAUCUCGACGACGAUGAUGACGAGCCUAUGGAUGAUGAAGAAGAGCAAGGCGACGAUGACGAAGUGUUAGAGAUCGAGGACGACGAGGAGAUGGAGGAAGAGGAGGAAGAGGAGGAAGAGGAGGAAGAGCUGGAAGAGGAAGAGGAUGCUUCAGCAGAUGAUCGGAACGGCAGCGAAUCGCCCUUGAACCUUGCCGGAGCACCUAAUGACCAGAGUAUGAUGUUCCGACCUGAGUCUCGACACAAUUCUGACGGCGUUACAGAUGAAUUCGACGCCACAUCCGAGUUCUUUACAUCAGCGGGCGCACAGCAGGCAUUGCAUCCCCUUCGCCGGACUGCCGACCGCGUUACGCGCCAGAUCGAAGCAUUCGCCGAUAAACUGGACCGGUUUAAACAAAAGGCCAACCGCGAUGACGAAUUCCAGAACUACCAGGCCGUCUACCAGCUGGUGAAGGGAUACCAGACUAUUGCGCAGGACGCCAUUCAAGACCUUUCCAAACAGAACACACUAAAGAAAGCGAAGUCAGGAUGGGGAUUGAACAACGGCAACAGCACGAGCGACCCUAAGACCGAAGAAGAACUGCAACGGUUACAGCUAGAAGCGAACACUUGGCAGCUUCUGCUGAACCUCGUCAGUGUCGACGACCCCGCUAGCAAAGCCAGCUACCGACAAGCGCAAGAUACCGCUUUCCAAAAGCUUCAUCGCUAUUCGUCGGAUCGCGAGGUUUGGGAACAAUUCAUGAAGGCAGACCAAUACGCGGUGGAAUGUGUGGUCAUCAUGAAGUGGCUGGAACAAACUGCGCGCUCUUCUACCCAGGACAUUGAUUCUUUGAUCUCGGAGCUGGAAAAGCAAGCCGAAAGAGGACAGGGCGCCUGGACUCACGGGUGGCUCUACACCAAGGAGACCAUCAAGGGACAGAAGCGGCUACGAGCCUGGCCUCAACCCCUCGAACCGAAUGAUCCAGGAAUUACGGCUUUCUUACUGACUUCUGAGCAUUCCGAACCGCUGGUUACGCAGUUGGAUCCCGACGCGGUCACCCGCCAGAAACAGAAUCUCCAGAGAAAGGACCAGUUCCACGAGCGUGCCACAUGGAUGACGUGCUGGAAAAUGCUUCGACAGGGCGAAAACUGGACUAAAAUCAGGGAAUGGGCGUCAGAUCGCCUGGAGAAUUGGCGCGCAGUCAGUCUUUGCGGUUCCAGUGUUGAUGCGAAGUCCGGGGGGGAAUCAACACCUCUUCAUGAUGGGGUUACACGUAUGAUGAACUGCCGGUCGCAAGAUACCUGGAGAGCCGCUUGCUCUAGCCUGUCGCGGGAUUCGAAGACUGAAGACUUCGAGCGGGCUGUUUACGCACUGUUGUGUGGUGAAGCAGACACGGCCUACAAGGUGUGCACGAGCUGGGACGAUUUUCUCUACGUCUGGUUCAACCACCAGGUAUUGUCCCGUUACAGGGGGUUUUGCAAACAGCUCUCGCGAAAGAUAAAUCAUCCGCCCGCAAACCCUGUGGCCUUCAGGCCCGAACCUGCGGCUCAUGCCGAAUUCAACACCUUUGUGCAGUCCACCAAGGGUAACGAUCGAGUCGGAGGAGAAGCUCGAAACCCCUACCGCACUAUUCAAGCCGCAAUUCUGGGUAAAGGAUAUGACUCCUUCUUCUCAUCCUUGGCCAAAGCAGUUUCGCAGGCGGCUAUCAAUAGGGAUGGACCGACAUAUGUGCCCAACCUCUCGCCCACAUAUGUGGACGACUCUCUGCUAAUUGCGGCCGAGGAUCGCGAUGCGUUACGGAUUGCCGCCCACCUCUAUGUCGUCGCCGACCACACUGGCUGUGUGCGUAAUGAUCACAAAUUCCUGGAGAUCGCAUCCGUGAACGUGAUUGGUUAUAUUUAUGACCUGGAAGAAGCCGGGCUUGUUGAUAUCAUUCCGCUCUAUGCGUCUCUUCUGACCGACCUUGGGGCUUGUUUUGUACUUGGUGAUGUGCUGAUUGAGAUCACCGACCCGAAAGAGAGAAGGCUGCUAGUUCACUUGAUACACAAAUACGGGAUUGACAUUGAAGAAGUUAUCGCGCAACAGUGGAAAUCGAUCACUUCUGGGAAAUCGGCUGUCGAGCAUACAAGAACAUUCAAGCAUGUUUCAAAGAUCAUCAAGCGCAGAGAUGGUAACCGUGAGCUGGCGCCUGCCAAGAAAGAUUUCAUUGGAACGGAAGUUUCGCAGCAAGACGAGCGACUUAUACGUAGUCUUGAAUGGCUUCGCUUUAUUGACGGGCAAUGGGGCCGGAUUUGUCUUCUUGGGACAGUGCUCUACAAGAAGUUCUUCAUUUCCGGCAAGCUUCCUGCUGCUCGAGAGCUAAGCCGGCGAAUGCGGCUGUCGGAGAUCUCCCGUGAGGCCUUCGGAUUUGAUAUCGCCGAAUUCUAUCCAGCGGACUAUGAGAAUGGAACCGAUGGCGGCACCCCGGAGCCUUCCAGUCCUUCAAAGCCGAAGACAUUUGGACAUAAGCGGAAUAAGUCGUCCACCAACAGCCUACAAUCCACGAGCAAGCACCAACUUCUCUAUGCGCAAUCGAAGACUAUGCGCGACUUGGAAGAGCUUAUCCUCGCCUUUGACGCUUUGGAGAACUUCGCCCUUACCUACGAAAGAUGCGACGAGCUCAGACGUCGACGAGACUCGGCAGCAAUCAAGGGCAUUAAGGAGGAAGUUCAUGACGCCUUGGACGCAAUCAGUGUCCAUGUCGAUGAAAUACUCUAUGACUGGCUAGUCAGCCCUGACGACGGUAUGACCUACCCCUCCCAUCGAAAACUUCCCAAAUCAUCAUCCACUAAUGUUACUCCAGAAACCGAAGCCGCCGAGCUCGAACAAAUCCGAACCACCUACAUCCCCGAACUCUUCCUCGAGUACCACAGCGCCCUCUACUACUGCGCACACAUCGUCAGUUCCGAGCUCCUAGUACAAUGCAUGAACCUCGCCAUGCAGGUUGCGGAGAACGAACCCAUAACUCGCAGCUUUACGGCCGGGAAGCGCAUGUCCGAGCUGAUGGAAGCCUUGGCGCUCUCAAGUAAGGCCAUGGUCAAUACGCGUGCUAGGCCUGAUGCCCGAUCUGCUGGUGGCGAAUCGUUGGGGCUUUGGACUGUCAAGGUCUCAGAGGAGGAUAUCGAGGGCCAAAUCUUGGGAGCUGAGAGCUGA